AUGACCAGCCAAAAUGCACGAAAUUUUAUUGAACCACUUCUAAACAACUACGUACACACUUUCAAUUCUGGGAAUUUCGAUCAGAUGGCCAAAUUCUACCACAAAAAUUCUGUGAUGGUUGAGAAGGACAAAAGUGUGCUAUGGGGUCAAAAAGAUAUAGUAGCUUCACUUCUUGAAAUGGCAACUGUCUGCGGAAAAACGAGAAUGGAGAUUUCAAAUUCAAAAUACGAAGGAAUAGGAGAUUUCUACAAUGUGACUACAGACUUUGCAUUCCACACAGAAAAGAAUGGCAUACUUCAUGGAUCGUUUCUGCAGAUUUGGCGUCGAGAUUGUGAUGGCUACACUAUUUAUCAUGAUGAAUAUGAAAUGCACUAG